GAUCUUUCCACCACUUGACAGUUCUUUUGGCGGUGUAAAAAACAACGGAGUUGCGAAAGGAGUCUUUACUGUACAUUCCUCGAUCCCCACCUGCGUUUGGACUUUCGCUCUCCCCAUCCUCACUACCUUUUUUAUCUCCCUCUUCCUACUACUACUACUACUCCUCCGUACUUCAUCGCCUUCUCUCUUUUUCUGUGUUUGUACUCCCUACCGAGCGAAAGUGCUUUUGCUUUAAAACACUCGUUUCCACCAUCGGUGUUGGCGUAGUGACAUCUUCGCGCUGUCAUUGCCAGGAACAGCGUCGUCCUCAUUCGACAAUCGGCCCGCGCGACCCUACCCAAGUCAAUCCUUCGCCAUGGAUAUUGUCGCCAAUCGAACCGCCUUCACAUCCCCCCUCGCCGAUGCCCAGUUAAAGAUUCAGGCCGCCAAUGCCUCGGGGCUGGUGGGCAGGGUGGUCUCCCAGCUCAAUGUUUGGACAGUCUUGUUUACCGUUUUGGCACUACUGAUUGCAUACGAUCAAUGUAGUUAUCAAUAUCAAAAGCAUGGCAUCGUUGGACCAGCAUGGAAACUACCGUUUAUGGGACCUUUUCUCGAAUCAAUGCACCCGUCCUUCCAAAAAUACAAACAGAAGUGGGAAAGCGGCGACUUGAGCUGCGUUUCCGUCUUCCACAAAUUCGUGGUCAUUGGCGCUUCCCGGGAUACGGCGAGAAAGAUCUUCAAUUCACCCGCGUUCCUCAAACCUACCGUGGUUGACAUUGCUCCCAAGCUCCUCCGGCCAACCAACUGGGUCUUUCUCGAUGGCCGAGAGCAUGUCGACUACCGCAAAGGCCUGAACGGACUCUUUACCCGUCAAGCGUUGGAAGCCUAUCUGCCAGGACAAGAGGAAGUUUACAGCAAAUAUUUCAAGACCUUUGUCAAUGAGUCCAAGGAGAACGAUAUGAAGCCUAAGCCGUGGAUGCCCAUCCUGCGAGAACUUAUGACCGCUGUGUCAUGCAGAACCUUUGUCGGUCACUACAUGAGCGACGAGGUCGUGAAGAAAAUUGCUGAGGACUAUUAUCUGAUUACCGCGUCAUUGGAACUGGUCAACUUCCCCAUCAUCAUUCCCUUCACCAAAACUUGGUAUGGGAAGAAGGCAUGCGACAUGGUCAUGGACGAGUUCGCCAAGUGUGCAGCUAAGUCCAAGGUACGCAUGGCGGCUGGCGGUUCUGUCUCUUGUACCAUGGAUGCGUGGGUCAAGCAAAUGCAAGAUUCGGCCAGAUACAAGGAGCGCAUUGCAAGAGGCGAGAACGUCGACUCGUCAGAGAAGCCAGCCCAAGUGCUUCGAGAAUUCAGCGACAUGGAGAUAUCCCAGACCAUCUUCACUCUGUUGUUCGCGUCCCAAGAUGCGACAUCGAGUGCUUGUACCUGGUUGUUCCAGAUCAUGGCUGACCGACCCGAGAUCCUGGCCAAAGUUCGAGAGGAAAACCUUGCCCUUCGAGGCGGCGACCGUAACAAGCCAUUCGACAUGGACAUGCUGGAAUCCAUGGUAUGGACAAGGGCAGUUGUGAAGGAGACUCUUCGUUAUCGUCCUCCAGUCAUUUUCGUGCCAUACGUUGCCAAAAAGGACUUCCCGAUGUCAGAGAACUACACUGUGAAGAAGGGUUCUAUGGUGAUUCCAGCACUUUGGCCUGCAACCCAUGAUCCCGAAGCCUAUCCAGAUCCCGACAACUUUGUUCCUGAACGAUGGAUCACUGGCGACGCGGACAAGCAGGUCAAGAAUUGGUUGGUAUUUGGCACUGGACCUCAUCAUUGUUUGGGCCAGACCUAUGCUCAAUUGAAUCUGAUGGCGAUGAUUGGGAAGGCCAGCAUACUGUUGGAUUGGGUGCAUGAGCCAACCGCUAUCAGCGAAGAUAUUGAAGUUUUUGCCACUAUCUUUCCUCAGGAUCAUUGCAAGCUGACCUUUACGGACCGAGCUUAGAUACAGCUCUGAGCGUUUACGUCUUUUUUUGUUUCCCCGCUUGAAAUCGUAAUUUUGAGCGACAAUGGCAAAGAACUGUACAUAGCAACGAACUCGUCGUUGGAGACGAGGAGACAUGCAUGACAGCAGUUAAUUUUCAGUCCUGGGUGCCGCGAUAGAGAAGAUUGGCACAACGAAGCACUUGAGGUUUUGAGAAUCUCGUUCGAGGAAACGAGGAAAGCAUCACGUAAUUGUACAUAGAAAUCAUGCCACGAAGGCAAGGAGCUUGGAUAGCUCAUCGACUAUGGAGUUCCACGUCGACCAUUUAUCAGUAACGAGGCUGAAGCGGUUAUCAUUACUCCGUACGGAAUCAGGUAUUAUCAAAUUUCCCCCGCGCGUUAUCGGCAAUGCCUUCUAUAAUUUUGACUCAC